GUGCAGGCUCUGUUCUAGCACAAGAUAAAAGUAAAAGAACAAGCAAUUCAAAAAGCCUACUUUUAUAAGAAUCAAUGCUGUCAAUAUAUGAUGUGAAAAAAAAAAGGUCAGGCUAAAUACUUGCUGUGAUGAUUGGUAUAUUUGCUUCUCCAUCACAUCACCCCGCCUUCUUUGCCCCACCUGAAACAUUCAGAACAAACAAAUACCAACAAACAUAUAACCUCCUCUUCUAACUCCUCUUCUAACUCCUCUUCUACCUCCUCUUCUACUGUUUCUUCUUUAUCUCUAUCCCUUGAACUUCACACUCUGUUGGGUUCUCCCUUGCAUUGAUUGCUAUUGAACCCGACUCUCAUUCACCUCCCCGGCGGGCUUGACUGAGAUACAUCCCUCCCGGUAGUUAACUAGUUAAUAGCGGGGCUACUAAAUAUCUUCUACCAUAACUACCAAAUACCAAAACAAUCAACACCACCACAAACCGUCAUAUCCUUCAGCAUUCCUAACGCAGCCCGUUACCCGUUCCCUCAAACCCUUUUCCGAGAUCAACUAGGCGGUGUGUGUGUGUGUGUGUGUGUGCCAAUCCAGCAGCAAAAGCCCCAACCAUGGCCUGGUCGACUACCACUACCGUCGCGGUGACGUGCCUGCUCUUCCUCCUCUUUACACGGCCUACCCACGCGUUCGGAGCUGGCAAUAUCGCCUCCAUAUCCAAGAUAGAGGGUCAGAAUUGGCGCCAUGGCGAUAUUGAGGAUGUGAUCCUGACAUUGCUGAUGGCCCGGUCCGCCGGUGGGAAGAAGUUUUCAAAAAUGCAUCUCAAGCGUAUCUAUUUUGGAAAUUGGCUUCGGGAUUAUAGCCAGGCCAUCGAUAUUGGUACCGUGAAAUAUGUCUCGGCGGAGGCUAUCAGACUUCUCCUUUGGGUUUUGGGAUUUAUGAGCUUUGGGUACGGCACGGGCGAGUUUGAAGUCACCAUUGAUCGCCUCGGAUGCUACCAACCUACGGAACAUAUCGAUAAUCCAUUGGGAUAUGGCGAGGGCCAAGACCCGCGUCGAUACUAUUCGCGCCUCAGGGGCCCUGUUGACGAACAGAGAGAGUUAGGCAUCGAUCCUCGUACAGGUAUGAAGAAUUAUAUCGCAACUGAGGACCUGGGUAUCGACAAUUCUGCUACUCUGCUCAGAAGAAUUUUCGGCGAAUGCAUUGCACUGGGCCGCAGAUAUUCGCGCUCCGGCAGAGAGGCUGAUUUAUUUGAGGCCUUGAGACUUCUUGGAACUGGCCUACACACUCUGGAAGACUACCUCGCUCAUAGCAACUAUACAGAACUUAGUCUUAUUGAGCUAGGCGAGACUAAUAUUUUCCCUCAUGUGGGGAGAAACACCAUGAUUGAACUCAGAGGAGCUAGAAAUCCUGUUUAUCCCAUUGUUACCGGCACAUUCGGCGGUGUUGACUUCCUCCAUAGUGUUAUGGGAGAAAUUUCUGAUAAAGCAACGCAGUCGGAAAUCCAAAACCUGGAGGGCCUGAUCAAGGAAUCCGAAAACCAAAAACCACAGGAAGGAUUUCUCCAGGCCCUCCUCGAUAAGAUCCCCGACAGUCUCUUCGGGGGUGACGACAGCACAGGCAAAAUGAAUGAGUUCCAGUCCAAUGCUGAGUCCACCAAGCAGCGGAACGAGAAUAUUACUCCUCGCGAGUCCGAAGCAUGGGCCACUUACAUGAAUGAUGUUCACCAACAGAUGUACCCCCUCCUAGAAUGGCAUGACAACUUGAUGAAAUCGAUCAACGAGGCAAUCGACAAGAUACCCGUUCUUCCCGAGCUGAUUGAACAGGCACAGGAGCAGAUUACCGUUUUUGUCUUUUCCGUUAUGGCCCCCUAUGUUCUCCCGAUCAUCAGACAGGUCAAGCAGGAGCUUGAAACGGGUUCAUCGGAGGUCAUCCAAAACAGCAAGCAGGAGCAAUUUAACACCUUUACUGAUGAUUACUGUACCGAUCCGACUCACUCCAUGCUUUCCAAGGACCAUUUCAGCAAUGUUUUGAACGAGCCUGCUGGAAAGGCUGCUUCGGAGAUUGUGAGAUGGGUUGUUCCCCAGAUCAUGGAAUGCUGGGAUGACGAAAGCGUCGACGUUGACCGUGUCAUGAAUAGGAUUAUCAGUGGCGUCCUUCACCACCCUGCUCUGCGUGAGUACGGAGAAGAUGGCGCACAAGAGAUGCGCGGCAUUAUGUUCGGAGUUGUCGAGAGUUGGUGGAACGAACAAGGGAGACGCGGCCAGGACUCACUCCGUCAGCAACUCCGCAGAGAAGGUGUGCAGAAUGGUGAAAAUCAUAAGCCUGGUGUUCACGACUCCGGCCACGGUUGCGGCAAACCAAUGGGUCUCCCUAACCGCGACCGCCCCGUCGCAGGAGGUGCCCUGGAUUUGUUCGGCCUCGAAGGCCUAAGAGCUAAAACUUCGAAGUCGAGCGCUUCAGACAUAGAAAAAAUGGCUUCUAAAGCUGUUGGCGGCGGAUUGCUUGGGAGUUUGGUUGGAGGGAUAGUUGGUAGCGCCGCGGGUGGUGAAUUCGAGGAACGUGACGACGGUAAGCGCCAUAAGGAGAAGAAAGACAACUACUCAGAUCCUCAUUAUCAUUCUUCCCAUUCCAAGGGCAAGGAUUAUGAUAAAGAAGAAAAGAAGAAGAAAAAGAAGGAUAAGGAGGAGAAAGGGGACAAGGAUGAAAAAUAUGAGAAAAGAGACAAAGAUAAGAAAGAAAAGAAGGACGAGAAGGAUAAGAAGGACGAGAAGAAGAAGGACGAGAAGAAGGACGAGAAGAAGGACAAGGAAUAUGAGAUUGACGGGAAUGAUAAGAAAGACAAAAAGGAUAAAAAGGACAAGAAAGACAAGAAAGCUGACAAAGAUAAAAAAUAUAAAGAACAUAAGAAACACAACGACGGCGACGACUAUGAACGGGAGGGUGGCGGUGAGAGGUACGAACGAGACAGGUACCAAAGCGGAGGUUACCGCCAGCCACAACAUGGUGAAACCGCUGGCUAUGGACGUGCUGAAGAAGGGUACAAUAGAGCGAGCUCCGGCGGCUACGAGGCGGGCGGACAUGGUGGCUAUUCCGGCAGCGAGAGCCGUGGCCAUGGGCACAGUGAGUCUCAGCGUUACGGCGGAGGGGAUGGGGGUGGUGAGGCUCGUGGCUAUAGUGGAGGUUAUGGCAGCGAGAGUCGUGGUGGUUACGGCCAUCAACAGGAAUACGGGACCUCAUCUCACAAGCAUCAUGGCCACCGUGAGCGCUCCAAGUCCCGCGAAAGGUCUUCUCGCCGGUACGAAAGCGGACAUUAUGGCAACGAUGAGCGCCGUCAUGGCAGUCGUGAGCGCAGCCGUGAUCGCAGGCGACAUGACGACGACAGCGGCGAUGAUGACUAUCGUCGUCGGCAUAAGAAGAAGGAUGAUGAUGGCGAUGACGGUAGUGAUGAUGGAAAGAAGCAUAGGCGUAAGCAUAGGCAUCACAGGCGUGAUUCUUAGAUGCUUGGGUUUGUUUACGGCUGUUUCGCAUGGUUGGAUUGGUAGUUGAAUGGCAUGAACGAAAGAAAGGUAUAGGUGAAAUAUUGAAUUGGUAUUUGCUAGAUACGGGAGGGUGUGAUGAUGAUAUUUGGGCAAUUUUCUGUUUUCUUCAGUCUGAAUCGAUUAGUUGCAUAAAACAAUUGAACUACAGGAAUAUUCUAACAGUAAAUAACUACCAUCAUUGAUGUAUAAUUUUUUGUCGUCAUAAUAGUAACAAAAAGUCAAAAAGGAAAAAAGUAAGGAUGAAAGAAUAGGGGAACAUCUGACUGCACUUUAGAACUAAAGGGAUAUUCAUUGCUUCGUUACUUCAUUUCUCGAGACCUGGUUAUUGACAGACUUCCUCUGGCAAGUUAAGUUGUAGAGAAUGCAAAACUCAAUCCACCACUCGCAACAUAUCAAACGCUUCAUGCCCAACAAGCUUUCG